AUGGCGGACCAAAAGCCCCUUGCCUCCUCUUCGCCCGAAAAGGCCAGAGAGGUAGGCACCACCACCACCUCCUCCCAACCCCAUGACGAUGUCGUCCUUGUCGAAGCCAAACAAGCCGCCGACACCGAGCACGAAAUGACCCUCCUCCGCGCCAUCAAGCUCUACCCCAAAGCCAUAGGCUGGUCCGUCCUGCUCUCCUCAACCCUCAUCAUGGAAGGCUACGACCUGGCCCUGCUAGGAAGUCUCUAUGCCUCGCCCGUGUUCAACCAGAAAUUCGGCGAGUUCGACGCGGAGAAGGGCAAGUACGCCGUUUCCGCGGCUUGGCAGUCCGGUCUGUCCAACGGAGCAAGAGCCGGAGAGAUCUUCGGCUUGAUCUUUGCGGGAUGGGCGGCUGAUCGGAUUGGGUACAAGAACACGACGAUUGCGAGUCUGGUGUUGAUGAUUGCGUUCAUUUUUGUCUUGUUUUUUGCGCCGAAUAUCAAGGUUUUGGUGGUAGGGGAGAUUCUUUGUGGAAUCCCCUGGGGUGCCUUCCAGAGCGUUACACCCGCCUAUGCCUCCGAGGUUGCGCCGAUGGUGCUUCGCCCAUACCUGACAACCUUCAUCAACAUGUGCUGGGUGAUUGGCCAGUUCUUCGCCGCCGCUGUCAACAAGGGCUCGGUGGACCGGACCGAUCAAUGGGCGUACCGGAUCCCCUUUGGCGUGCAAUGGGUCUGGCCGAUUCCCAUCUUGGCCGGUCUCAUCUUCGCUCCCGAGUCGCCUUGGUGGUACGUCCGCCAUGGCAGGAAGGAAGAGGCCAAGCAAUCGCUUCUCCGUUUGACCUCAAGGAACCAGCCUGGAUUCAAUGUGGAUGAGACGCUGGCUAUGAUUGAGCAUACGAAUGAGCUCGAGAAGCGGCUAAAGGAGGGUGUUACGUUCCGCGACUGCUUCAAAGGUAUUGACCUUCGCCGUACCGAGAUCGUCGUGGGUAUCUGGCUUGUUCAAACACUCGGCGGUCAGAACCUCAUGGGGUACUUCUCCUACUUCCUCACCCAAGCUGGCAUGGAUGCGAGCAACUCGUUCUCGCUUUCCAUGGGUCAGUACGCCCUCGGCAUGGUCGGCACCGCCGGCUCGUGGUUCCUCAUGUCGCGGGUCGGUCGUCGGCGCAUCCACUUCAGCGGUCUCUGCGCGCAGUUCUGUCUGCUCCUCAUCGUCGGCUGUCUCUCUUUUGGCGGUAACAAGGCCUCAGUGUGGGCCAUCGGCGGCGUGCUCAUCGCUUUCACGUUCGUCUACGACUUCGCUGUCGGACCUGUCACGUACUGUCUCAUUUCCGAGCUUUCAUCCACCCGUCUAAAGGCCAAGACCAUUGUGCUUGCUCGUGCGGCGUACAAUGCUAGCAAUAUCUUUGUCAACGUCAUGACGAACUACCAGCUGAGCUCAACAGCGUGGAAUUGGGGUGCUAGGACGGCAUUCUUCUGGGCGGGUAGCUGCUUGCUGUCGGCUAUUUGGGUGUUCUUCAGGCUGCCGGAGCCGAAGGGGAGGACGUAUGCUGAGUUAGAUAUUUUGUUCGAGAAGAAGGUUGCGGCGAGGAAGUUCGCGAAGACCAAAGUUGACCCAUUUGAUUUGCAGAGUCAUGGGGAGAAUAAGUUGUCGCUUGAGGAGACACAGAGCCAUGAGGCGAAGGAGGUUAAGGCUUAG